UGUCAUCAUUCAGUCAGUAUGGAGCUCCGUCAACUUCCUCUUGUGCUCUUGCUGAUUUCAAACAUCCACUCUCAACAAACUGAAGAUAUUCCCAGACCAACCCUGACUGUUGAGCCACAGAGUUCACUGUUCACUGGAGACUCAGUUACUCUGAGAUGUGAGGUGAAUCAGUCAUGGGAUAGAUGGGAGUUUAUCCGGAGUAGAGACUCAAACACUGAAUCUACUGAAGCUGCAACUAAAACAAUCAAUUCAGUGACAGUCUCUGAUGGAGGAGAGUACAGGUGCAGAGCACAAAGAGGAAAACUUUACACACAUUACAGUGAACCAGUAACAGUGACAAUAAACGAUUUUCCCAAACCAACUCUGACUGUUGAGCCACAGAGUUCACUGUUCACUGGAGACUCAGUUACUCUGAGAUGUGAGGUGAAUCAGUCAUGGGAUGGAUGGGAGUUUAUCUGGAGAAAAGACUCAAACAAUGAAUCUACUGAAGCUGCAACUAAAACAAUCAAUUCAGUGACAGUCUCUGAUGGAGGAGAGUACAGGUGCAGAGCACACAGAGGAAGACUUUACACAAAUUACAGUGAACCAGUAACAGUGACAAUAAAUGAAAAACCAAAAGCCAAAGUGAGCAUUAAACCCGAUCAACAUGUAUUCAGAGGAGACACAGUCACUCUCAGAUGUGACAUUGAUGGUGAAGGAGUCACUAGCUGGAAGUACAGCUGGUAUAAAGACGGUUCAGACAGUGUUUUCAGUAGAAAACAGGAACACACAUUCAGUUCUGUUACUAAGUCUGACGCAGGUAAAUAUUCCUGUUAUGGAGCAGAGAGAGGAGGAUCACGAACAUCACACAUCAGUGAUGAAGUUACACUGACAGUAUCAGAUAGACCCAGAGCAGUUUUAAGUGUUUCUCCACAGAAGUGGUUGACUGAAGGAGAUUCAGUGACUCUGAUCUGUGAGGUUGAACGCUCCUCUACAGGUUGGACAUUCAGCUGGUCCACUCAAACUGUUUCAUCAGGCUACAGAAAACAUAAUUAUCAGUUGCUCUCAGACAGCAGCAGAGGAGCUGGAGGAAACUACACGGUCAGUUCUGCUGCUCUAAAUCACACAGGAGUUUAUGUGUGCAGCGCAAAGAGAGAAAAACCACCCUAUCUCACAUGGUACAGCAAUGAACAACUACUAUGGGUCACUGGUGUUUCUCCUCCAGUCUCUCUGAUCAUCAGUCCCAGCAGAACUCAACACUUCACAUCUGUCUCUCUCUCUCUGAGCUGUGAAGACCAGAGUAACUCUGAUAGAUGGAGAGUGAGAAGAUACACAGACAAUGAGCAGCUGGAAGAUUGUUCAUCAUCAGUGUGGGGAUCACAGACAGGAUCUACAUGUACAAUCAGCUCCACCAGCACAUCAGACACUGGAGUGUACUGGUGUCAGUCUGAAUCUGGAGAGAACAGUCAUCCUGUUAAUAUCACUGUACACUUUGGUGUGAUUCUGGAGAGUCCUGUUCAUCCUGUGACUGAAGGAGAUUCUCUGACUCUACGCUGUUUAUAUAAAUAUUCAACUCCACCAAUCCUCAGAGCUGAUUUCUAUAAAGAUGGAUCACUCAUCCAGAAUCAAACUACAGAGAUGAUCAUCUCUACUGUCUCAAAGUCACAUGAGGGUUUCUACUACUGCAGACACCCAGAGAGAGGAGAGUCACCCAAGAGCUGGAUCUCAGUCAGAGCUUCCUCCACAACAUCAGAAUCUGAUGGUCUCAAUCCCAUGAUAAUUGGAGUGACUGCAGGACUGAUUUUCACAUUUUUGAUCAUCGUCUUUUUGGUCCUGUUGUGGCGCUACAGAAACAACAAAGGAGUAAGAUCUCAGUCUUCCUCUAAAGUCAGUGAACGGCAGAACAGCAGUCAGACAUCAGAACAGAACCAGAGUCAAGUGGAAAACAACACACUGCUGUCUGGAACUGCUCAUAUUUAUGACUCUGUUGAUGCAACAAUUAAUAAAGACUUCAGCACAGAUAGUGUUAGUGGACCUACUGACGUCACCUACGCUGAGAUUGAAUACAAAUCUACAGAGAAACAGAAGAAAAAUAAAGAAAACAAAGGGAAAACCAGUGAAGUUUCUGACACAGUUUACUCUAAACUGAACCUGGUGACCCAUCAAGGUGCUGGAUCUAGUGAUGUGACGUAUGCUCAGGUUAAAUAAAUGCCCAGACGAGAAACUUUCAAUCCCAGGACGCUGGUGAAUUUAGGUGGAGAAGAUCUGGAGAAUGAGCAGAUCAUCAGUGCUUUAUUAGCUAUGUGAUACAAUAUCUGUAUUAAAGGGGGGGUGAAAUGCUCGUUUUUACUCAAUAUCCUGUUAAUCUUGAGUACCUAUAGAGUAGUACUGCAUCCUUCAUAACUC